GCCAUCUUGUACUACGUUUGUUUCGUUUUUCUUUUGUGGGGGUGCGAUCCGAUUCCACGCGUUCCGCACUGCUUAAUAUACCCCCUUGGAUUAUUCACUUGACUAAGGAAACGGUUCUUUUCUUUACAACUUUUUCAAAAAGUCAAUAUAUAUCUAGAUAUAGAUGAGGAUUGCUAUUCAACUGUAUUCUCUAUUCCUAAAGAAUUCAAAACCUGUUUGGAGAAGCUCUGCAUAUAAUUUUCGAUAUACAGCAAAAUAUUCUAAUAAAAUGGCCGAGAAAACAGCGCUUUUAUUAAUAUCUGAUGGAUCUGAGGAAAUGGAAGCUGUAAUAACGGCAGAUGUUUUACGCCGUGGCGGAGUUUCCGUUACUAUUGCAAGUUUAGGUGAUAGUGAAUGUGUUAAGUGUAGUCGUGAGGUAAAAAUUUGUGCCGACACUAAGCUUGCUAAUGUGAAUGAUAAGGAAAAGUAUGACGUUAUCAUACUACCUGGAGGACUUGGUGGCGCGAAAGCAUUUGCUGAGUCAGCCGAAGUUGGUCAACUAUUGCAAAAACAAGAAAAAGAAAAUAAACUUAUAGCUGCUAUCUGUGCAGCUCCAACUGCUUUAAAAGCUCAUGGUAUUGCAAAAGGAAAGAAAAUUACUUCAUAUCCAGCAAUGAAAGAUCAAAUGACUGAUGGUUAUGAAUAUUUAGAAGAUCGUGUGGUGAUAGAUGGCAAUCUAAUUACAAGCAGAGGCCCUGCAACAGCUUUCGCAUUUGGCUUGGCUCUUGUUGAAAAAUUAGUAAGCAAAGAAAAAGCCAUUAACGUAGCGAAGGGAAUGUUAUAUGAAGAUUACAAAUAAAAAUAAUAAUUACAUUAAUGGUAGUUAACAACUUCUAUAAAAUAUUGUAUAUUUACAAAUAUAUUAUAAGCAUUAUAAUAAA